ACAGAUAUGGAUAAGUGUCACCGGAAUAAUGUUCUGGUGACGUCCUGCCUGAAGACGCCGGUGGACCCGCAAACUAAAACACCGUUAGCGCAGUAUGAGAGAGAGAGAUCACUGCCGCGUGCGCUCGCCGAACUCGUGCACGACACAGACUACGAGAAAGAGAUGGAAUAUGACUCAGGAUCUGAUUCGGGGGCUGAUGACUCUCCAGCUAAAGAUGGCAAUCCUCUGCUGAUCAAAGACUACCGCAUGAUGGGCGAUCAUAUCGAUCUCAGGGAGUUCUACUUCUCAAAUCAAGAGUACUACCAUAAACUAGAACAGCUGAAGAGAGCUCAUCUUCAGACGAUGGCCGAACUCGAACGUAUGUAUCGCAAGAAACUUGAGCUCAAUGGAGUGACAGCUGCAGAGAACACUGAUCAAAUCAAUCGUUCACAGCAGGAAAGGUCAAGUCCGAUGUUAACUGGCGGUCUGAAAAAAGCCCAGUCCUCCCUGGAGCUGCGGCAUGCUUCAGAUCUCUCUGACGUGUCUGAUGAGGACCCCAUUGUUGACAAGGAACAAGGAGACCGCAGCAACUACAACAGCGAGAUAGGUCUUCUCCUCUCACCCAAAGAACACAUUAAGAACAUGUGGCAGGACUUCAAUGUAAAGAAGCUUUCUCCACCUCAACGGCACCUGUGUUCAUCCUCACUGCAGAGCCUGACAGAAGACUGCCAGAAAACCGCUGCAAAACCAAAGGGUAGGGUCAAGCGUCAACGACUGAAACAACGUAAGAAACCUGGAGUUGAGGGUUGGCAUCUGAGAAUGACAGUCCCUGAACCUUUCCAGAUGACUCUUCGAGAGGCAGAACGACGAAAGAAGGGUAUAAAAUCACGUUCGCAGAUCGAACAAGAGAAUGCAGAUCUCAGACGGCAACUGGAGGAGCUUACAGAGUGCCAGAGGAAGUUCCGCGCCAGCCCGGUGCCCGCACACAUACGCCUCCCGCUGUAUGAAGAACUACAAGAGCGCGAGGAGGAACGCCGCCGACUUCAUCGAGAGAUGGAACAACAGCAUCUGCACUCCUCACAAAGACCUUUCAGCUUCCUAGAACGUGAGCGGUUGAAGAAAGAGCAGAAAGAGGCCAAGCUCCGUGAAGAGAUGCUCAAACUCACUAAAGAGGAAGAGGAGAGGAGGAAAUGCCCAUUCAGGUCUAAACCUGUCCCACGGGCAGUGAAGGAGGCAGCGUUGGGUGAACAACAGAAAGAGGAGGAGCUCUAUCGGGCAAUAAAGAUGCAAAUGCGGGCAAAAGAGUUGCUGCACAGUGCCUCCAUGCCUCCGAGCAUGCUAGCACGCCGCCUCAGUGAAAGAAAAGCGCAGAAAGCCACCGAGGAUGACAAGCAGGCCCGCGGCAGCCACCGACCCAAGAUCAAUACGGAAAUUCCAGACUUUGAUGCAAGCUACAGGAGGUUUCAGAAGCAGCUUGCGAAUCGGAGAGAUGUGCGGCCUGUGACAGCAUGCGAACCCUUCCAAUUGUGCACAGCAAACAUUACCUCACACAAGGAACGCAUCAUUGCAGAUAUUGAAGAGGAAACUAAAAGCCCAAGACCAUUGCGUUGGCCAUUUGUAAUCCCACCUGUCCUCUCACCCAAGACACCCUCCUCAUCUCUUUGCUCCUCAUUGUCUGGUAGUCAGGAAUACUUGUCCUCUAAGAUCACGGAUGCGGCCAAGAAACGGCAAGAGGCUGUGAGAAAAGUUCUAGAGCAGAGAAAGAAGGCAGAGGAAGAGGAGGAGAGAUGGAAGGAGAAGCAAAAACAGAGAGAGAAGAAACUGCAGAAAGUGAUCUCGAAGAGAGCCCAGGCAAAUGACCCUCAUGUGGCCCUGGCUCAGACAUGCCAGUCGAAACUCAAAGAGUUCAGAAAGCAAGAUCUCCAGAGAUGUCGCGAGUAUCAGGAGGAGAUAAGAGGAAUCCAUGAGAGAGUGAAGGGAAGACCUUUACUACUGGAGCAGGUAGCACAGAUGAAUGCUAAGAGAGCAGCAGAAAAGCUCUACUGUGCCACUUUGCAUGGAUGUGGUUUGAGUGAAUCCUUCAUCCGAAGCAAAGCUCCUAAAGACUUGAAAAACAGAAAGGAUACUCCAAGCCCCUCCCACUCAGACAGCCAAACUCCACCCACAUACAGUAAAAACAGAAGUGAGGAUACUGUGGAGCAUGCAAACCUGCAGAAUCCAUUCCACUAUGAUUUUCCAGAUGAUUAUGAAGAGUAUGAUCAUGAACAGGAGGGAGAACACAUGGACAGAGAUGAUGAUGAGAAACUAAAUGAAUACCAUAACAGUGAUGAGGAAAGAGGGGAUGAUGAACACUCAUAUGAUGAGCUAGAUUUUGAUGAAGCUGAGCAGGAUGACAGUGUUAAAGGUGAUGACAUCAUCAGUAAGAGCAGCAAAGUUAGUGAGAGUAACAGCAGUGACAGUAGCAACAGAAGCAGUUCAGGAAGUAUUGGAUCAGAAAAGUGAUGAUGAGUGAUGAAAGAGGAGGUGAGAGUGGACUGAAUGAAUGAAUGUUGUGAGUCUCACUGGUGCCCCUUGUGGUGAGGACUGAUAGUCAUGUAGCUUUCUUCCACGUACUUUAUUGCAUUUUAUUUAUUUAUUUAUUUAUUUAUUUAUUAUCCUCAUUUCUCCCCAAUUUGGAAUUCCCAAAUCCCACUACUCAGCAGGACCUCGUGGUGGCGCGGUUACUCACCUCAGUCUGGGUGGGGGAGGACAAGUCCCAGUUUCCUCCACUUCUGAGACCGUCAAUCCGUGCAUCUUAUCACGCGACUCAUUGUGCAUGACACCGCAGAGACUCACAGCAUGUGGAGGCUCAUGCUACUCUCUGCGAUCCAUGCAAAACCUACCACGGGCCCCACUAUUCGCUACCACGAGGAGGUUACCACAUGUGACUCUACCCUCCCUAGCAACCGGGCCUAGGGUUGCCUAGGAC